GGCAAACAGACUUCUGUAGAUAAACUACAAGGUGGUAAAUAGACUUAUGUAGGUAAACCCGAACGUGAAUUAGAGGUUGUUUGUACAUCCAUGAUUCUAAACAAUACAACGUUUCAUCAUAUUUUAAGGUUCUACUUUCAGUAAUAUUAAUAUAGGGAGAUAUGUGUAUUUUAUUAGUUAAUGUAAAUUUGUAGAAUGACAGAUGAAAAGUAUUCUAAAUGUGCAGGCCUACUUGUACGCAAAUGUAUGUGUAGGCACGGUGUUCUCGUGCGUAAAAAUUGUGAUUGGUUCGAUAGCUGAAAUUUGAAGCUACAUGCCUACCUGCCCAGGCAUCACGAGGACACACCUGUGUUGCACGUCACCAUAGAGAUUGGUCUAGCUCUCGGACGCUCGAAGCUGAUUGAAACCUUCUCCAACAAUACCAUAUUGUCCGACAUAGAGAAAGCUCGUGCGCCCAACUAUCCUAUGCCUUGCCAUUCUCUGAACGAAAACACACGCAAGAACCAUCUGUUGGAUUCACGGAUACGAUGGGCUGUGGCUUCGCUGAACAGACUGUGUUCACUGGGUGAACAUUGUUCGACUUUUUGAAGCAUUUUAACCUAGAGGAAUGACCAGUUUCGAGGGCGGAGACUAGCAAACAACAACAUUGUGUUGUACAUCUUCUUUGGACGACAAGCUAACAUGGCUUGACGAAACCAAGCUAAAACUAUCGUUCGGGCCGUUUUGGAUGUUUAUGCUUUUGCGUGAAAGGCGCACACAACGAGGAACCAUGGAGCUUGCUUGCCAACUCCCUAAAAUGAAUAGGUGCUGAGGGCUGUGCAGAACAAACCAAAUUCAUUCUAUCAUAUCCUGACGGACCUCACUGCGCGCCGUCCUCAAAAUAUCUACGCAUGUGAGACAAUUUGUCGUUAUCGAACAUUUAUGGAACAUUACAAUACCAUUCUCCUGCAAAGAAAUCGUAACGUAGACCCAUGUGGGUACAGUAGCCAGCGUGUUGUAGCCUACAUUCCAGAAGCGGUUUAUUGUAGCCUGUAGCUUACAGCGAGCGUGUCGACAUUAAAAACUGAAAAGUCUAACUUAGUGUUCGGAUUUUCCUUUUGAGAACGAAAGAUUCGUAUCCAUAUAAAGUUAUUCUUUAAGUCCGUGAUCGCGGAGGACGAACAAAAGGGAAACAUGAGGAAUACCGAGGAGACGGACGGCUUUGAUGGCGAGGCCUCCAAUACUUCCAUGAUCUCGGGUGCAAGUAGCCCGUACCAGCCGACUACGGAGCCCGUACACGCCAGAAAUGUACUGGGAGGCAUCAGGUGUGACAUAGAGUACCUGAGGUCGCACUUCGGCAUUUUAAAAAUCAUCGAAGUGGCCUUGGCACUCAUCUCCUUCAUCUGCAUCGAGACCAUCAUGAUGUGCUCGCCGUGCGGAGGCAUCUACUUCUUUGAGUUUGUGAGCUGCAGUGCCUUCGUCGUCACCGGAGUCCUCCUCCUCAUCUUCAGCCUCAACCUGCACACCAAGGUGCCCCAUAUCAACUGGAACCUGACGGACCUGGUCAACACGGUGGUCAGCACCUUCUUCUUUUUGCUGGCGUCCAUUGUGCUGGCGGCGGUCAACCAGUCUGGCGCAGGAGCAGAUGUCAAAAGUGUGGAGGGGAGUCGGAAAUCCGGAGCAGAAAUCGCUGCCGUGGUGUUCGGCUUCCUGGUGACGGGGGUGUACGCAUUCAACUGCUACCUGGCAGUGCGACGCUGGAGGCGGGGGGACGGCCAGGCCGGUCAGCUCACCAGCGAGUACAUGCGCGCCCGCACCGCGUCCCGAGGCGAGGUGGAGGCGCGGCCUGAGCUCCAGUGACCAAUCCACACAGCCCGCUCCCCCACGGGGAGCCCUCUCCCCUCAUUCCCAUCAUCCCUUUCUGCCAGAGUCUUCACAUGGACUGGGUUGGCUCGGUUCGGUCCGGUUCGGUCUGGUUCAGCUCAGCUCAGCCAGGCACAAGCUCGGCACAGCAGUGCCACCAUGAAGGCUUUUCACCCAACUGGUCUCAAAGACUGGAGCCGCCCACCUCUGCUAUACAAGAUGGAGGAUGGUUAUCGGCAUUGUGCGCCAGGAUUUAGUCACAUGAGAGACAGUCACAGUGCUGUUUGUGUGCUAUCCUGACACACACACACACACACAUACACACAUAUACAUACACACACACAUGCACACUUUACAACUAUUUGUAAAAUGCAUUUAAAUCAUGUGACUGCCAAGAUUCUCAAUUUGAAGGAUGUGUGUGUGUGUGUGUGUGUGUGUGUUAUGUCUGUAUAUUCACCAGAAGAUAUUCAAGGAUCAGAAUGAGCAAAGGUCUCCUGAAGUUCCUCAUGAAGAGUAAGGACACACACUGUUGGACGUGCAACAUGAUGGGGUUUGGGACAUGUGUAUCUGAGCCAUACAAACCAUUUAGAAGCACUUUCUGUCAUCAGUAAAAACAACUUCACACCUAGCCUGUUGAGAAGCACCUAAGCCUGAUGCAUGCAAGCAUUGUGUGACUUGUUCUGUACCACACACACACACACACACACACACACGCACAUACACAAAAACACACACACUCAGAGAGAGACAUUGCCAAGCAGUGACUAAAUGUAUGGAAAGUAGUUCUGUACCAGGCUCCUACAUAGAAACUGUAGCUGGCAAGUUAAUGACAAUGUGACAUGCUAUCUCAGACCUUCACAUGAGACCUUCAUGCAGAAAUGAAGGAGAUGCAUCGGCCAGAGAAUGUACAUAUUUGAUAUCCAUUGCAGGUUUAAUGUGCUAUAUGAGUGAAGUGAUGAAGACCAUAAACAUUACAACCUUUGCUUCAGAUAGAUAGAUAGAUAGAUAGAUAGAUAGAUAGAUACUUUAUUGAUCCCCAAGGGGAAAUUCAAGAAAGCUUCAGCUGGUUAAUUAAUGCAUGGCACUAAAAUGUAGCAUUAUGUGGCCAGAUGAUAACAUGAAAUUUAAGAGCAGCAUCGGUACUGGAAUUGAGGUACGGUAAAGGAGAAGCUCUUGACAUAAAAUAAAAGAAACAUUAAAGGAGAAAUUUGGCGAAAAAUCGCUGGAUUUCUCCUUUAAGGUAGGACUCUCAGGUGAAUGGCCUCGAGCAAUGGUCGCCAGUUGAUGAAUGUUAAAACUGAACUGGCAAAUGCAAAGAAUGUGUUGAAUAAUGGUAUGAAAACCUCACAUGUGUUAUUAAACAAGAAGUAGGUUAUGGAUAUGAUUAUGGUCCCUCUUCGGGCUGAAACUUCUCAAAUGAAAUUGAACAGUGAGAAGUUGAGCUGUUGUGUUGUUGUGCAGAGGGCUAUUUUUAGCAGUGGAGCCUGCAGAGAGUACGUGGAAAGCUAAUGUGGAAAUAGCUUCUGUGGUGAACCUCCAGGGUUAGCCCAGACCUAUGCUAGUGCUCCAUUGUGUCCCAGUGUAGUGUUUUCAGGGAAAUGGAAGCAGAGGACAUGGUAGAGGGAGAUUUGUACUGUAUCAGGCUGCCUCUCAUGCUUUCCUAUCCCCUCUCUCUCUCUGUCUCUUUCUCUCUCUCACACACACACACACACACACACACACACACACACACACAGGAUGUACUUCCUGUAACAUAUCACAAGUGUCUUUCUUUCAGUAUGUGUGUGGACAUGUAGGUGUUGUACAUAGAACUACAAUGUACAUGCCAUCUCAGUAUGAAGGCAUUCAUGUAUUGACGUGUAUCUAACUUCAUUUGUUUAUGUGGACCAUGUGGUGUUUUUUUCCUUUACAGAAUUCAUGUUCAUGAAGUAUGAUUCAGUUCUUAAUUAUUCUGUCCUAAUGGUAUUUUGUAUAUUUUGAUUAGUUUGAAGGAUUGUUGUGUAUACAAACACAUAUAUUUGUGUUGGUUUUGUGUGUGUGCAUUUCAAUCAGUUAUUUAGAAGAAUGUUUUAUUUUUCAACCUUCUCUGUCAGUGUCAAGUUAUGAAGAACAGCUCCUCUUUAGCCUGCACUAGCGUUGGCCUGUGCAUAUGAGCUAGUGUACUUUAGCCUGCACUAGCGUUGGCCUGUGCAUAUGAGCUAGUGUACUGGGGUCACGCACCUUCCCAGAGUGCCUUGCAGUAGACGAAACAAGAGCAGCCAGUUACACCUUCACACAACAUAGUCUUUAAAACUGUGUGUGUGUGUGUGUGUGUGUGUGUGUGUGUGUGUGUGUGUGUUUGUGUGUGUGUUGAGUGUGUGUGCUGAUGUGAGAUCACUUAGAAGGACCAAUCUGAGGAGUUUAGUGUUAUGAGAAGUCAUUCUUUACACAUGAAUGGAAAAUGAGAGACAAAACAUUUCCUGGUAGCCUCUGACUCCGGCCUGGAUCUGGCUGGGAUUCGGCUGACAUCAGUGCCACAUCUGGGCCAAAUCAGCACCACGUCUAAAUCAGUUUUGGUCUAAAUCCAGUUCAGAGUCCGCCUUUCUCUCUCUGUGUUCCAUAUGUUAACUGUUUUUGCAACAUACUCCUCUUAAUCUUAGUCUUAAUACUCUUGUACCGUGAAUGUGGGUUUUUCUUUCCAAUUUCUUGUGGGUGUUUUUUGUUUUUUCCGUAACUGAAUGGCUUCAGGAAUAUUUAGUUUGAAGGAAGCAUGGUGAAGGGGGAUCUGGUUUUUCUAGAGAUAACGUGUUUUGGGUGUGCUUACGGUUAUAGACAAUCACUAGUGUGUAUUUAUAGAAGUGUCUGAAGUAUAUAUCUUCGAAGAAGAAAAAUGUGGUAGGCUAUGCUUUGACAUAUCAAUAGCAGAGCUCUCUUUUUUGGCCAAUGAUACUGUGCAAAAACUUUGACCAGCCUCUAAAAUCUGUCUAGCUUUAGUGUCAAGCACUUGAGUUGUGACUGAUUCUGGAUCAAUUUACAAGGUAAACUCAAGGUAAACUUUUUUAACAGAAGGCAUCAGUAAACCAGAGCAAUGUGUAAAUAUGACCUUGUCUAGGAGUUUGUAUGUAAACAUUAUUGAAUCACACACUUAUAUCUCUCUAUUGAAGUCUUAUGACUUACACCUGGAUUUGACUUUUUUUUUCAACUGACAUUGUGAAAAUGGAUGUUAUGCAAUCAAGGACAAUAACUGAUCCAUGCUACAUUUCAGCUCCAGUUUAUUUCUGUAUGCUUCUCUAGCGUACUGUUGUGUACUCUGACUUAGUACUCAAAUGUGUAUUUUUGUAUUUAUAGAAAUCUAUGUAGAUUUACCAAUGCUAAUUGUGGGGUUCACAUGGUUUGAGUCUGCUAACUUACAAUGGAAAUUAAAUGAUUCCAGACA